AUUUUAAGUUUUCAACUCAAACUGUCUCGGUGGUCAUGAUCUGCUGUAUUCUAGUUUACAACGUGAGUAAUCUGUUUAGAUAUUUCAAAUGGGAAUGUUUUAGGGGCUUAUUAUACCUGGAAAAUUAUCAACCCGGCUGCUGAAGUAAUAUGCCAAACUAGCUGUAAAUAAAAACAGAAAAGAUAUGUAAAUUAGUAGGAGAGUAGAAUUUAGCCGCGUAUCCCAUUCUGCUAAUGUAUCUUCUCGAAACAAAGUACAUCCAUGCAAGUCCAUGUAUGAAAUCAACUCUUAAUAUAUAUCAAUAUAAAAUAUCCGUAUAUCAUCACGAAAUAUUUUAGUAUAAAUGUUCUUUCAUUUAUAGAUCACCAUUAAACUUGUGUUUGUCUUCAGCGUCAUUCUGGACCAAGUUAGGAAGGAAACUGACCAAGAAUUGCCCGAAAUUAUCGCGAACGCUUUGCGCGGGGUGUUUGGUUAGUAUUGUUCGAAAUAAACUCUUCAAGUGAAUAACAUUAAGGAAACAUAUAUCGUCUAUUUUGCAGUUUCAGGAUAUACCUGUCACGUUUUAGGGGGAGUUGCUAUUUUUAUAGACUUUUGUAAUUUUGUCUUCUUUUGUAUUUUAAACUUAACCCUAAUCUUAACCCUUACUCUAAUCCUAACCCUACUCUUAUUCCUAACCCUAAUCUUAAUCCUAACCCUUACUCUAAUCCUAAUCCUAACCCUAAUCUCAAUCCUAACCCUAAUCUUAAUCCUAACCGGUAUCUUAAUUCUACCCCUUUCCCGAAUCCAAACCAUGAUCCUAAUCCUAAAAGUCUAAAAAUAGUAACUCCCCCAGAAACCGUGACUCACAUGUUUCAGAAUGUUAAGACUGAGAUUUAUACUGGAAAAGAUUUCUAUACUUAGCCAAUAAUAGACAAUUCCCAUUAUAGACUAAUUUUUAUCUUGGCAAAAAAGUAUAUUCCGGGAAAGAGCACACUAAAAUGAGUAAAAUUGCAAAGUUUGGUUGCGAAAUGUUGUAAAAUGCGGAAAACAUAGCCUUGCAAAGUUCACAAAUUUUGUAUACUUCUGUAUUGCGUGCGGAAAUUGCUACCACAUUUGGGCCGAAAAUGGUAGCAAUUUUCAAAAGUAUACAAAAUUUACAAACUUUGCAAGGCUAUAUUUUCCGCAUUUUACAACAUUUCUCAACCAAAGUUUGCAAGUUUACUCAUUUUAGUAUGUUCGUUCUAGCAGUGUGGUGAUUUAUUUGCAUAUCCUUGCCUAUUGUUAAAAUUAGCCUAUAAUAGGAAUUGUCUAUUUACUGAGUACCACUUCUCGUGACUUGAAAUUGCACAAGCCAACAAUAUACUUCCUACACUACAUGUAGUUUAAUAUGAUCAGUCAUCUUUUUGCUCGUUUCUCUCGUUUUAAGAUGAAAUGAACUCUCCGGACCGAUAGGGAUACAACUUCCCGAAAAAUAUAAGGAGCUGAACUUGGACGUUUUGACUGAGCAAAGGCCUUUCUAUCGAACGAAGGGGUCGACAGCUCAUGUGGAAAAUAGAGUGUACCUAAAAGUCGAGGGUCGAGAGUCGAGAGUAAAGGUCGAGAGUCGAGAGUAAAAGUCGAGAGUCGAGAGUAAAAGUCGAGAGUCGAGAGUAAAAGUCGAGAGUCGAGAGUAAAAAGUCGAGAGUCGAGAGUAAAAAGUCGAGAGUCGAUCGAGAGUAAAAAGUCGAGAGUCGAUCGAGAGUAAAACGUCGAGAGUCGGCAAAUGUCAUCAGAAACAACACAUUGGGGGGUCAAAAUAUUUUUAACACAAUAUAUAACCAAUCCGUAACAACGGCUGAUUAUAGCCGUACGGGCGAGGGGGGGGAGGCAGUCCCGCCCCCCAGUCAAAAUAAAGUCAUGCAAAUUAUAAACGUAUAAAUUCGGGCAAAAAUUGGGGGAAAUAAAUUUAAAAAGAAGACAGUACAUGCAAUAUGGUAUUUGAAAAUACCAGAAAUAUGUAAAAGUAACGAGGAAUCGACAAAUAGGAAAAUAUUUUUGUCUACUUCCCAACGACAAUUUUGGAAAUUUAGUUACACGGAAAAUUUUAUUCAGUGGGUAAUGACGGAAUGUGUAUCGGAACAUAAAGCAAACAAUAUUUGCGAAACAUAAUUAGUAAGCUCAAAUUCUCGAAAUUAAAGUAAACAAGAGGCAUAUACAAUCAAAAGAAUAAUCCAGUAUAAUAUAAAACAAAACUUUUCUCAAAAAUUUAGCCACAACAUUCAAUAAUAAUAACUAUUAUCUAUAAAUAACUAGUUUUAUCGCUUCCUUAUAUAUUACUGCCCAUCCUUCCCGCUUUUACAUGCACCUAUUUCCGCGAAAAAUUACUCAUAUGUGAAGCUACAUAUAAAUACUAGGACUUUACAAUCACGUGCGAGACAUAUUACCACCCGAUAGAGUCACAUACGACAAAAGAAUCCUAUUUUUACUGGCUCGUAUUUAUGAAUUCACAAUUGUAUGAAUCGUUAGAUUGUGAUCAACGUGGAUUUCUUAAUUCGCUCUCGUUUGAUAUAAACGUACGUUAAUGAAUAAGUGACAUUUUAGUUACAAGCCUGGAGAGCCAUGUCAAAAUUCAGCGGAGUUUAUGUGCAUGUCAGUUAGAAUGAAAUGACAUGUGAAAACAUUUAGCAAGAUUGAGGCAUCAAAUGCGAUAUUAUUUUCUUAUCCAAUCUUUUUUGUUUUUGUUAUCACGUUAUUAUUAUUGACGUUGGCGGAAAUCUUGGUGGGCCGCCCCCCCCCCCCCUACCUUCCGGAAAAUUGACUAAUUUUCGGAAAUUUUGAUCUAAAAGUGGGCUAAAAACAGUCUUUUCGAGUGCAAAUGGGGGGGGGGGUACGUCGGACAUUUCAAAGUUUUGUCGGAAAUUUAUGAGGCUUUGCCCCCUCCCCCCCCCACACCGGAAAAAGUGAAUUUCCGCCACUGAUUAUUGACUGUUGUAGCAAUAUUUAUUGGAAAGUUUGUAUUUCAGCCGUUGGUACUUGUUACGGAAUGGCUAUGUAAAGCUAUAUAUAUAUAGAUUGUGUUAAACGUGGUUAAAAAAUAAAAAUAUUUUGACUUUGUUUCUGAUGACAUUUGCCGACUCUCGACUUUUUACUCUCGAUCGACUCUCGACUUUUUACUCUCGACUCUCGACUUUUUACUCUCGACUUUUUACUCUCGACUCUCGACUUUUACUCUCGACUCUCGACUCUCGACUUUUACUCUCGACUCUCGACCUUUACUCUCGACUCUCGACCCUCGACUUUUAGAUACACUCUGGAAAAUAUGCUUGAAGGUGAAGAAACGAAAGAUUUAAAUGAGGGUUAUUUAUCAUUUUUAUGUUUUUUUCUUUAUAGGUUCCAUGAUUGCUGCUACAAUUCUUGGUGCCAUUUUUUGUCUUGUCUCUCUUGUUCGUUUCAUGGAGAAUCAUAAGUAUGUCUAA